AUGGGAUGUGCGCGUCGCGCGUUCUCUUGCCCCGUGACGGCAACCGGCAUCAUCACGCACGGAUCGCUAGUUUACAGCGGGGUCGGAGGCCCGGGGCUUUGCCCUCCGAGAGCCUCUGACCUCCCGCCUCUCGAGCUUGGCUUUCGCGGUAGCUGGCGGGAAGAAGAGCUUCUGCCGUCUACGCCCGCGAGCCAGGCCGCGUCGACGCAGAGCGGCUCCUCCGCAACGGAUAAGAGCCAGAAUGUGGAGUGCGUGGUCUGCGGAGACAAGUCGUCGGGGAAACACUACGGCCAGUUUACUUGUGAGGGUUGCAAAUCCUUUUUCAAGAGGUCCGUGAGGAGGAAUCUGACGUACUCAUGCAGAGGGACCAGGAACUGUCCCAUCGACCAGCAUCAUAGGAAUCAAUGCCAGUACUGCAGACUCAGAAAAUGUCUCAAAAUGGGCAUGAGGAGAGAAGCUGUACAAAGAGGCCGAGUACCGCCAACGCAACCAACGGGCCUAGCCCUGCCCGGCCAGUACGGGCUAGCCAACGGCGACCCGUCCGGAGGCUUAAACAGCCACCCCUACCUCUCCUCAUAUAUCUCUCUGCUCCUUCGAGCCGAACCCUACCCCACCUCAAGAUACGGCCAAUGUGUACAACCAGCCAACGUCAUGGGAAUAGACAAUAUAUGCGAGUUAGCUGCCAGGCUACUUUUCUCCGCCGUAGAAUGGGCAAGAAAUAUCCCAUUCUUCCCCGAACUUCAAGUGACAGAUCAAGUCGCGUUAUUAAGACUAGUCUGGUCAGAACUGUUCGUUCUAAACGCGUCUCAGUGCUCAAUGCCCCUCCAUGUCGCCCCACUAUUAGCUGCUGCGGGACUACACGCGUCCCCGAUGGCGGCUGACCGAGUCGUCGCCUUCAUGGACCACAUCAGAAUCUUCCAGGAACAAGUGGAGAAGCUAAAAGCCCUCCACGUGGACUCCGCCGAGUACUCCUGUCUGAAGGCCAUCGUCCUCUUCACGACAGGGGCCGGUGGCUCCGUCACCAAUUACGGGGAGUUGCUGGUGUUGGUCAGGACGCAUUUAGAUGCGUAUGCUGAAGCUUCGAGGGUGCCGCAGCCACCGGCGCCUGCUCCAUCUGCCACUUCAUCCGGGUAUUAUUCCACAUUAGACACGUCUCUAGGCGUUAACUCCUCGCUGUCUUACGGUAGCUUUCUCUCAACACCAUCUAGAUUACCACCUAAUUACACAAGUAGUCCUAGAAUGCCUGAUGUUAGUACGUCAUCACCAUUUAAGCUCUGGGACUCAAGUAGUAAGUUUCCUAAGACGGAUCAGGGGGGUUGA